UGCAACUUCGUGUGAGUGGAGGAUGGCACUGGCAUUCGUUGCUCGGGUUGCGCACAGUUCGUCUCUGCAGCUAUCGGCAUGCUUUAAUGGCGAAGCCUUAUCAUCUUCAUCAAACUCAACGCUUUUCAUGGGAGCCCCACUCACCUUCUCAGGCUCUGCCCUUUCUGGAAAGCAAUUACAUUCUCGAAAGCAGCUGGUUGUCUUUUCGAAAAAAUUCUCGGGUUUGGAGGAGGCCAUGAGAAUCAAAAGAGAACGUGAGCUUAAAAGUGUGAAAAAAGUUACAAGAAGACCACCAUUGAGACGGGGAAGGGUAUCACCGCGUCUUCUUGUGCCUGAUCACAUUCCAAAGCCUCCUUAUGCAGGUUCAAAUUUGUUACCAGAAAUCUCAAGUGAAUAUCAAUCUCACGACUCUGAAGGCAUUGUUCACAUGAGAGCUGCAUGCGAGCUUGCUGCUCGCGUCUUAGACAAUGCAGGAAAAUUGGUUAGGCCAUCGGUGACAACAAAUGAAAUUGACAAAGCAGUACAUCAAAUGAUUAUUGAUGCCGGUGCUUAUCCCUCACCUCUUGGCUAUGGAGGAUUUCCAAAGAGUGUAUGCACAUCAGUUAAUGAGUGCAUGUGCCAUGGAAUACCUGAUUCUCGCCAGUUACAGGAUGGCGACAUUAUAAACAUCGACGUGACAGUUUACCUAAAUGGAUAUCAUGGAGACACAUCAAAAACAUUUCUUUGUGGGGAUGUUAGUGAUGCAAUGAAACACCUUGUGAAGGUUACUGAAGAGUGCUUGGAGAGAGGUAUUGCUGUUUGCAAAGAUGGUGCUAGUUUUAAGAAGAUUGGAAAGAGGAUUAGUGAGCAUGCUGAAAAAUACGGAUAUGGUGUGGUGGAGCGUUUUGUUGGGCAUGGUGUGGGAAGCAUAUUUCACUCUGAACCACUUAUAUAUCAUCACCGCAAUGACCAGCCUGGUCACAUGGUUGAAGGUCAGACAUUUACAAUUGAGCCAAUUCUUACACUGGGAAGUAUUGAAUGCAUAACAUGGCCAGACAACUGGACAACCGUAACAGCUGAUGGUAGCCCUGCUGCACAGUUUGAGCAUUCCAUUUUGAUUACCAAAACUGGUGCAGAAAUUUUAACAACAUAUUGAAACGGCAUUCUAUAUCUUUUGAUUUUUUGGUUCUGCAUCAAUGUGCUCCUCUAUUUACGAAGUAAAUCAAAUAUACAGCUGAGGGUGAAUCAACUUUCAUUCAUUUUGCUUAGACUAGAGUUCUACCGUAAAAUUGAUGGAAUGGAGAAUUUUCUUAUA